UUCAGGGGAACCAUGACAGUCUGCACAGUCGCAUGCUUGGAAUUCUAGCUACCGACUUUUGCUUGCCAGGAGCUCAUUGUUUAGGAAACCGCGGAGUUAGAAGUCGAAAUGGCUGUCAGAGUGAACCGACAGCUCAACGUGAAUACCGGCAGAUAAUCUUUUUUUGACGGAGACAGCGGGCCGCUCGAGAUAUUUCCCCCAGCGACAGCAACGACAGCCCAGGGUUGCCAAACAACAAGCAUCAUUCAGUAUCAGCCAGAGGUAGCAGCUGGAGCUCACAGGCGCCUCGUCCCUGCUCCUCUGGAGCCCGUCAACGUCUCCUUCAGUCUCAAGGUAACUUCUCGGACAACCCGCUGAGGUAGCCAACAAUGCCUGCGGACCCCCUGCCUGAAUGCCCAGCCUACAUUUAUGAUUUGGUGUUAGACGUCUUCCAACCAAAGCACCUCUCCAAAAAGCUCUGACUGCCGGUGUCUGUGGGCGGCAGCUUCCUUCUGUUUCCACUUCCUGGCCUCGGCUGUUGCUCAACACUUUUUCAUCUCCUCUUAGGAGGGGCAGGAUGCCUUGAGCAGUUAGAGAAAUGUCUUCAGCUGUAUGGGUAUAAUGCAUGCAUGUGUUCUGCUGGAGUUCACUUCAGAAAGGCACUGAAUCCAUACCAGCUCUAGGAAUGCUUUGCAGGGGGCUUUGACCUCUCUGUAGAAGACAGUAGAAAAACGAAUCUCCCCGCAGGAAUCAACUAAUAAUUAUCAUUCUGCUUAUAAUUUUAUUGGUAUAUCUGCACCCAAGAAAAGACCCUCAGCCUCAGACUGGGUCUCUUCAGCUCCUCUUUCCUUUGCCGCCCCUGUACCAUGCUGGGUACACUUAUGCGGAGGAACAUGUCCCAAAAGCUGAGUGUGCUGCUGCUAGUGUUUGGCCUGGCGUGGGGGCUUAUGCUGCUGCGCUACACCGUGCAGCAGCCUCGCCAUCAAAGCAGUGCCGAGCUACGUGAGCAGAUCCUGGAGCUCAGCCGGCGAUAUGUCAAGGUCCUGACAGAGGAGAACCAGAACUCACCAGGUGGGCCACAGGGAACCUCCAUGGCAGGUUAUGCUGAUCUGAAGAGGACUAUCGCUGUGCUACUGGAUGACAUUCUGACGCGGCUGGUCAAACUGGAAGGGAAAAUUGAGUUGGUGGUCAAUGCCUCCUCCACUAACACCUCCCACACAGCAGGGGGCGUCCUCGCCUCUGCUUCCGUUGCCCUACAAAAAUCCUUAAAGCAUGAGAUAGCUGGCAGCCACCCAGGGACGUCACGCCUUCACCCGCACAUCCGUAAACGGUCUCGGCCGCAUCAAGGAGUGUAUGUGUGAUAGAUGGAUUGAUUCUUUUUUUUUUCUUGUUUAGCACAUUACACUUUCCCAGCAUUUAUCACUGAUGUAACAACAUCAGACAAAUGAAAAGCAAUAGGGAGACAUAUGGACAUCCAGAAACUUCAAAUUCGGGAUGCUUCUCAGAAAUUUUCAGCCGACUCAGAGGGAAGAAAGACUUCUUUAUGCUCUGUCCUAUCAUAUGCUGAUAUUUAUUUAUUUUUUACCAAGACUAUCCAGCACAUUUUUUUAUAUUUGCAUUGCUGAUUUUAUUUGGCUUAGAUUUUAGCAUUUGUUUUAUAAAGCCACAUUUGAAUCUUACGACUGUUUGAGCAAAUGCACAGAGCUAUAAAUACUCUUGGAACCGAACCAGAUUCUCACAUGCUUUAUCAUAAAAAGGCUUGAAAUGCUCCCCUAUCAACAUUAUAAACCACCUUACAAUACUGCUUCAAUAUAUCAAAAUGCUGAUCUAAACAGUACAACUCAUGAUAGUUAGGAAUAGCUGUUUGUCAGGUUUUAGCUGGUGCAGUUGCUAAUUACUGUAUGAGACUCUACUUUCAGCUUACACAUAGUUUUAACAAUAAGAAUAAUUAAACUGUAUAGCUCGCCUGUAAGAGAUAAUCCAAAGAAUGUUAUUUGCACUCCAUCUGCAGGCAGUAUAAUUGUGUAUUUACAAUUGCUGCAAGACAGUUUGAGGUUUAUGCAGAAUUUGAUGAGAUGAUGCCGAAUUGCCACUGUAAACAGGAGUGUGUGUGUGUGUGUGUGUGUGUGUGUGUGUGUGUGUGUGUGUGUGUGUGUGUGUGCUUUGUCUCAGUUUAAAUCCAACGAUUCCCUUGCCCAGUGUUGAGAAAUGUUAUAACUUACAUGUGUAGCAGAUUGAUUGUACUGUGUAGUCACUCUUAAGCCCUUUCGUGCUGUUAAGAUGGCUGACCUACUGCUUACACAUGUUCAGGGUUCAUGUUGCACUGUGACUCUAUAGAGAUUUUCUAAAAAUACUGGGCUCAUCCAACUUUGACUUAAGGGAUAUUUUAAGAGGGUGGACGUCAGGCUCUGGAAUAUCCAUUCUUCCAGCCUUCCUGCUGAGAUACUCUGGCUCCCAUCCAGGGGAAGAAGAUCUUUAAUUUGCACAACAUAAUGCUCAUUAACUUGUUGACUUUGUGCAGCAGGGGCAAUACUUUUACCAAUACUACUUGGGGAUUGUAUGAAACAAAGUCAAUGUGGGUGGCAUACUAAAAUAUGAGGGAGAAAAUGCUUCAUGCUGUUGCUCACACUUAAAUAUAUGAGAAGGCCUCCGGACUGAAUGAUCAAACUGGUUUAACUAUGUCUACCAUGAGUAAUGCCAUAAAUGUACUUUGCUUCAAAUUGCUUAAGUAGAAAAGAUGGUGACCCAGUCAGCUGCUGUGAGAUAGCUUUACUAAUAAAUCCACCUUAUGGGAAAAACAUAUACUCUUAUUAAAAUCAGUUUUAUUGCUAUGUAUUAAAUGUGAUUGGAAAUUGUGGUUAAUGUCAUUCAGGAGAUUGUA